GGGAGGUCCAGGCUGUCAGCAGCGAGCGGAGGCCAGAGGGCAGCACUGACAGCCGCAUCAGCAUUGCUCCCGGGACUGGACUCUUCGCGGGGCUGCAGACCAAGGAAAAUCAUUACCAUGAGAAUUGCAGUGAUAGCCUUCUGCCUCUGGGGCUUCGCCUCUGCCCUUCCAGUUAAACAGACUAAUUCUGGCAGCUCGGAGGAAAAGCUGCUUUCCAACAAAUACACAGAUGCUGUAGCCACAUUGCUAAAGCCUGACCCAUCUCAGAAGCAGACUUUCCUAGCACCACAGAACACUAUUUCCUCGGAGGAAACUGACGACUUCAAACAAGAGACCCUGCCAAGCAAGUCCAACGAAAGCCCUGAGCAAACAGACGAUGUGGAUGACGACGACGACGAAGACCACGUGGACAGCAGGGACACGGACUCCGAGGAAGCGGAUCACGCUGACGACGCCGACCGAUCCGACGAGUCUCAUCAUUCCGAUGAAUCCGACGAGCUGGUCACCGAUUUCCCCACCGACACCCCAGCAACCGACGUCACUCCGGCUAUCCCCACAGGAGACCCCAAUGAUGGCCGAGGGGAUAGUGUGGUGUAUGGACUGAAGUCGAAAUCGAAGAAGUUCCGCAGAUCCGAAGCCCAGCCAGAUGCCACAGAGGAAGACCUCACGUCACAUGUGGAAAGUGAGGAGACGGAUGGUACCCCCAAGGCCAUCCUCGUUGCCCAGCGCCUGCAUGUGGCUUCUGACUUGGACAGCCAAGAGAAGGACAGUCAGGAGACGAGUCAGCCGGACGACCGCAGUGUGGAAACCCGCAGCCAGGAGCAGUCCAAAGAAUACACGAUCAAGACCUAUGAGGGGAGCAAUGAGCAUUCCAAUGUGAUUGAGAGUCAGGAAAAUCCCAAAGUCAGCCAAGAAUUCCACAGCCAGGAAGACAAGCUGGUCCCAGACUCUAAGAGCGAAGAAGACAAACACCUGAAACUUCGAGUUUCUCAUGAAUUAGAGAGUGCGUCUUCUGAGAUCAACUGAAAGGAGAGAAAUACAAUGUCUUACUUUGCUUUUAGUAAAAAGAAAAAAAUACAUUAUAGCGAGGUGGGAGAAAAUAUGAAAGGCUUAUUUCUCAGCUUAGUUGGUGAAUGUAUAUGUGUGUGGCUCUGGAAACAAAUAAUAUUUUUGAUCAUUAGUUUAGUGUGUGGCUUCAUGGUAACACCUUGUCAACUAAAAGCUUCAGGGUUUAGUCGACGGUCUUUCCGUAUAAGAAAUACAAGCCGUCGCUGAUAUGUAAUGUUUGCUAUCCUUUUAUGAAUAGAAAUUUACGUAGAAGCAAACAAAACACUUUGACACACUUACAAGAGAGGAUAUAAAAUUUCAUGUCACUCUGAUCUUUUGUUUUUUAAAUUAGUGUAUAUUUUGUUGAUUAUUUUUGUUGGUGUGAAUAAAAUAUCUCGAAUGUAA